UCGGCGCGCGAAGCUCCAGCAGGAAGUGAGAGCAGCAGAACGCGAACGGCAGCCAGUUGGGGAUUUGAACCUCUCACACAACUUCCAUAAUCUGUUAACAUCUGCUUUAUUAUGGCAGAUACGAAGGACCAGGAAGACCACGAAACCACCGGAGACGGAGCCGAGGACACUAAUCAUGAUCCCCACUUUGAGCCCAUCGUGUCUCUUCCUGAGCAGGAUGUUAAAACAUUAGAAGAGGAUGAAGAGGUGCUCUUUAAAAUGCGAGCCAAACUGUAUCGCUUUGCCUCUGAGAACGACCCUCCCGAGUGGAAGGAGAGGGGGACGGGGGACGUGAAGCUGCUGAAACACAAAGAGAAGGGCACGAUCCGCCUCCUGAUGAGGAGAGACCGAACUUUGAAGAUCUGUGCCAAUCAUCAGAUCAGCCCGCUGAUGGAGCUGAAGCCCAACUCCGGCAGUGACAGAGCAUGGGUGUGGAACACACUAGCAGACUACGCAGAUGAAUGUCCAAAACCAGAACUCCUGGCAAUACGCUUCUUAAAUGCAGAAAAUGCGCAGAAGUUCAAGAAUAAAUUUGAUGAGUGCAAAGAGGAAGUGAAAAAGCAACUUGAGGGAUCAGGCAACACUGAUGGUGCCAACAAGGUGGCAGAGAAGCUGGAGGAGCUUUCAGUCAAAGAUAAAGCCUCUGAGGGAAAGAAGGAAGAGAACAAAAAGGAAACUAAAAAUGAAGAUGAGAAAAAUGAGGUGAAAGCUGAGAAGAAUUAAGAACCAAGAACUUGCUUUGCUGAUCUUCAGUUUUUUUUUUGUUUGUUUUUUUCAGUUUUCCUCUUUUUCUACAAUAGACUCUAUGAACUGAAUUUGGACUCUUGCAUAUUAGUUUUUUGUUUUUUCUUUUAAAUCUGUUUUGCCUCAAGAUCACAAGUCCUUGAAGCCACUGGAGAAAAUAUCAGAAACAAAGUUAAAAACAAAUAUAUAUUUUUCUCUGACCCUGUUCCCGUUUUGCUCAGUGGAAGCCCACACUUUUCCACCCUUGCUUUUUGAGAGUUGGACAUUACUAUUAACAAACUGUGAAAAGAGGCUUGUGAUAGCGAUGAUUCCCACAUUGGGGUAUUUUUUUCGUUCUUUUUGUUAUUCUGAAGCGGAGUUCAUUUGUAGGGUGAGGGGGGAUAAUGUAGCCUGCUCAUUAGCAGCACCAGGUCAGGAACCAGGCAUUAUGGAGGCGCAUUUUGAAGGUGAAACCCACUGACGACUCCCUGCGCGUCCUGUCCGCACUUCCACUAUUAGAUGGCAAGGUGAAGACGUCUCCGAGUGGGUUUUUCCCUCGGUUUAGCUCAGUCUGACUAAAAGAGGACAGUUGGGGAGCAUCAGACGAGGGUUUUGAAGUCACAGUGUCCACCACUUAGUGAAGAAUCUUUCUUUUUUAAAAAAAAGUCUUGAAGUCCAAAGUAAAAACGGUUCAUUAAUUUGUGCAGCUUUUUCUUUUUUCUUCCCCUGAGUCGUGUUUCUCAUCAGGAGAUAAGUUUGUAUGUUUUUAGCUCAUGACAUUCCCAGACUUCAAAGCAUGUAAAGUGUAUGUAACAGAGUGCGCCCCAUUUUGGUUCUGUGUUCUCACCGCCCGCUCCUUUGUUUUUUGUUUUGUUUUUUUUCUUUCCACCAAAUACGUUCUCUCUACCUUGACUCUUCAGUGCAUCCAAGUGCCAGUGCAUCUGUAAAUACAUGUAUAUGGAUGAAAUGUUGCUCUUUGUUUGCACUCAGAUGAACUGAAAUGUUUCCUCCACCUUCAAAUAAAAGCUGGCAAAGAUCA